AACGCUAUCAGGCCAGCGUUUUAAAACCAGAAAAAGAGAUGAAAAAGAGAGGUGUAACUCUACUCAGUUUCAAGACUGCAUUAUUCAAGGCUUAACUGAAACUGGUACUGAUUUGGAAGCAGUAGCAAAGUUUCUUGAUGCUUCUGGAGCAAAACUUGAUUACUGCCGAUAUGCAGAAACACUCUUUGACAUUCUGGUGGCCGGUGGAAUGCUGGCCCCAGGUUUUUAACAAGUUAACCAGGUGCUACAAAUACCUGGAGAAAGGUUUUGAAGAUGAAGUUAAAAAGCUGCUGCUGUUCUUAAAGGGUUUUUCAGAGUCGGAGAGGAACAAGCUGGCUAUGUUGACCGAUGUCCUUCUGGCUAAUGGAACACUUAAUGCAUCCAUUCUUAAUAGCCUUUAUAAUGAGAAUUUGGUUAAAGGGGUUUCAGCAGCUUUGGUUGUAAAGCUCUUUAAAUCAUGGAUAAAUGAAAAAGAUAUCAAUGCAGUAGCUCCAAGUCUUUGGAAAGUGAGCAUGGAUAACAGACUGAUGGAACUUUUUCCUGCCAAUAAACAAAGCAUUGAACACUUCACAAACUAUUUUACCGAGGCAGGCUUGAAAGAGCUUUCAGAGUAUGUUUGGAAUCAGCAAACCACAGGAGCUCGUAAGGAACUCCAGAAAGAACUUCAAGAACAGAUGUCUCGUGGUGAUCCAUUUAAGGAUAAAAUUUUGUAUGUCAAGGAGGAGAUGAAAAAAAACAACAUCCCAGAACCAGUUGUCAUCGGAAUAGUAUGGUCCAGUGUAAUGAGCACCGUGGAAUGGAACAAAAAAGAGGAGCUUGUAGCAGAGCAAGCCAUCAAGCGCUUGAAGCAAUACAGCCCUCUCCUUGCUGCCUUUACAACUCAAGGUCAGUCUGAGCUGACUCCGUUACUGAAGAUUCAGGAGUAUUGCUAUGACGACAUUCAUUUCAUGAAAGCCUUCCAGAAAAUAGUGGUGCUUUUUUAUAAAGCUGAAGUUCUGAGUGAAGAACCCAUUCUGAAAUGAUAUAAAGAUGCACAUGCUGCCAAGGGGGAAAGUGUUAUCCUUGAGCAAAUGAAAAAGUUUGCAGAGUGGCUCAAAAAUGCUGAAGAAGAAUCUGAGUCUGAAGCUGAAGAGGGUGACUGAAUUUGAAACUACACCCUCAGUAAAGCAAACAGGAGUUGUAGAUAAUAUGUCAUGUCUCAUGUGUCCUGGUUCUUACAUCUUCCUACCUCCCUAUAUCAAGCAUGAUAUAAG